UUGAGGGCACCGCUGGAAGGCGGUGGAUUUGAAAGAAGCAUUUCCGGAGAAGUGCUUGCAAGAACUGGCUUGAAAAGAGGAAACAAACCUAAAAGGCUAAAACCAUAUACUCCAGUCUUGUUGUUUUCGUCCGUUAGUGUGGAUUAGGGCUUCUAUUUUCAAUGGAAGAAGAAGCUGUAAUAUGGAAAUCCGACACAGAUUCAAUGGCUUCAGUACUCAUAGGCAGAGCAAUGAGCACUCUAUUCACUUGUCGGCCCAGAAAGCUCGACGAAGCCAUUUCUCGCCUCGAUUCCCCCUCAAAGAGAGGUUCGAUCGUUUCUUUGGAAGAUUCGCUUUGGUUCCUCCAUAGGUAUAUCAAAGAAGCUGCCGAUAAAGAGGAGCGACUGGAUGAAAUUCUUGUUCCCAUGAUCGAGCAUUCGUUGAAGUGCAAGGAGUCAAAGCACGGAAAUCAAGCAAUGGUACUUCUUAACUGGCUCUUUCAAGAUGAACUUCUUUUCCAAGCUCUUGCAAGGGGUCUUGCUGACAUUAUAUCGAGAAAAGAGGAUCGAUAUAUUGCUCUUGGAUGGUGUACCCUUGUACGUGGCCUUGUAGAGUAUGAGAUUACUAUGGAUCAAUUUUCAAAUAAUGGAAUAAGGAAGAUUUAUAAUGCCAUGUUGAAGAUUCUUUGUUCAUGUAUUUCACGUCUUUCAUUUAUUGUGUGCAAUGGAAGCACUGUGCAGGAUGGAUUUGAGUUGCCAACUCGUCUUUCAGUGGCUGCUGCUGAUUGCAUUUUAGAUCUCACGAAAGCAUUAACAAGAAAAACAUCAGUCACUGAUGUCUCAAGUAGAAGAUCAAAAUCAUCGAAUUCAGAUGUGUCAAAUCUGCCAACAACCUUGGUACCUGCUGCUGUUGGUGAGAAGAAAGUGAAACCAACAAGUAAAUCUGCUGAAUUCUCCAAUAAAUUGGAAAUGGAAUUGUUGCUUUGGGAUCAUAUAGACAAGCUCAUUAUUCUUGUGCAGAGACUCCUUGCUUGGAGCAGAAAAAGUCGGCCUUUACAUGCAAAAGGAUUGGAGCAAGUGCUUAACUGGUUGCAAGAGAUAAAAGAGCAUUAUGGCUGCUCUCAAGAUGAGGCAGGCUCAACAGUUCCCAAAGCUGGAGUAUUGCUACUUUCCUCUUGUUGGAAGCAUUAUGCCAUGCUGCUGCACUUGGAGGAUAAAAAAUUUUCUCAGCAAUACAAAGACUUAUUGGACCAGUACUUAUCUGCAAUUCAGUUUUAUACAGAUAGUGACAGCAAGCAGCAUACUAAGAAUACAGACACUGGUAUAGCAACCAGAAAGUUUUUCUUGAAUUGCCUGUCACUUCUUGGGCGGUUAGAUGGGAAGCAAAUUGAAAGAACUGUGACAGAAUAUGGAAUGCAGAUAUCGCGUGCUCUUAUACCACAGCUUUGCUGCACUGAUGAAGAUGUAAUAGAUGGGGUUGUUUGCAUUUUUAAGACAGUCAUCUUUAAGAUGAACUAUUCUUCAUCCGGAAGCAGUCUUUCUGACACUAGACAGAUGAAUUCAGUGCUACCAUUGCUGCUACCCCUUCUGGAUGAGCGGGAUGGAACAGCCAAAGCUGUUGUUAUGCUUGUUGCAGAAUACUGCUCCAUAAGCCCUAAUGGUCAGUGCCUUGAUGAAGUUCUUGAGCGCCUUGCAUCUGGAAAUGCUUCGCAGAGAAGGAAUGCUGUGGAUGUUAUCUCAGAACUCAUCCACAUAUCAUCAAAUUCAGUAACUGCACUUUCUCAUUCAAUGUGGCAAGAUAUAUCAAAACACUUGCUAGAGUGCCUUGGAGAUGAAGAAGAGAUAAUAAAUGUACAGGCCUCCAAUUUGCUUCCCAAGAUUGAUCCUUUAUUAGUUUUGCCUGCACUGGUUCGUCUUGUUUACUCAUCAAAUGAAAGGGUACAAUCAUCUGCUAGUGAUGCAAUGACAGCACUGCUCAAGAAUCAUAACCAGAAUUAUGAGGUUCUCUGUAUGCUGCUUGACAGUCUCAGCAACCUCAGCCAAAGUCUAGGUCUUCCAAAAACUUCGGGAGAUAUUGAGGAAGGAUCGAAACUGGACACCGAGAAAGUGCUUGGACUGAUACCAGAGUGGUCUGAAAGUGUUCAAGACUGGAAUUUGUUGAUUGGACCAUUGAUUGACAAGAUGUUUGCAGAGCCAUCAAAUGCCACUCUUGUCAGGUUUUUAAGUUAUAUAAGUGAGCAUUUGGCAGAAGCUGCAGACAUAGUCUUCCACCGUAUCUUGUUGCAUAUGAAAGGGCAGAAAGAACUUGACGAAAGCUUCUUCACAAAAUGGGAGAGUAAAACCUAUGCGGCUGAUGAUUCCAUGAAACUGCAGCAUUCUCUGUUUGAUCGCCUUUGCCCAUUACUUGUUAUCAGGCUACUUCCGAUGAGAGUUUUUAAUGACCUCAAUUCUUCUGUUAUAUAUGGCCAACUACCUGAUCAAGUUGUUGUAUAUGGAUUUUUAAGGUUUUCAGGCUAUGGAUCAAUUGAUAUCAAUGAUCAUGAGUGUGUUGCCAUGCUGCUAUUGAACAGGGCAUUGGGUAAAUUUGAAUUUGAAGAUGUUCGAAAACUUGCAGCUGAGCUCUGUGGACGCAUCCAUCCCCAGGUGCUCCUCCCAAUCCUUUCGUCUCAUUUAGAACUUGCUGCAGACUCUCAGGAUAUUGUGAAGAUAAAAGCUUGUUUAUUUUCAGUUUGCACUUCCCUUGUGGCUAGAGGCAGGGAUUCAUUGUCACAGCCAGCUAUGCUCAAAAUUCAAAAAACAAUCAAAACUAUUUUGUUAUGGCCUUCCCUAGAUGGGGAUGAAGUUUCCAAAGCACAGCAUGGCUGCAUUGAUUGUUUAGCACUGAUGAUUUGUACCGAACUACAAGCUCCAAAAUCCUUCAUAGGCUCUGUCUCAGACAAGAUUAGCAUCAUUGGAAAGAACUUUCAUCCUGGGGAUUCUGCCUUGGGAGAUUCAGUUGUCACUUAUGUUAUCCACCAAUUGUCUCUUGAUGCUGUUGAAGCUGCUUCCACCUCCAUGUUGUGCAGUGAUAACUGUGCGUCUGAGCCAUCAGUCCCCCUCUCUUUUCGUUUGUGCAUGGCUAAUGUCCUGAUAAGUGCUUGCCGGAAGAUCUCGGAUUCUGGAAAAAAGGCUUUUGCUCAGAGAAUUCUUCCAUAUCUCAUUCAUUUAGUUCAGGUGAUAAAGGACUCAGAGAUCAGAGUUGCAUGUGUUCAGGUUCUGUUCUCAGCUGUGUACCAUCUGAAGUCUAUGAUACUUCCUUACUCGUCUGAGCUUCUCAAACUCUCUCUAAAGUCUCUUGAGGGAAAUUCAGAAAAGGAAAGAAUGGCAGGUGUAAAGCUAAUGGCAUCUCUCAUGGCAAGCGAAGAUGCAAUCGUGGAGAAUAUUUCAGAGGGGCUGCUAGAAGCAAGAUUAGUACUUUUAAGUAUGUACAUGGCAGAUCCUUCACUGGAGGUACAACAAAUGUGCCAAAAAUUGCUUGCAUGUUUAACUCAUUCCUAAAUUAUACUCCUUUUGGCAUAGCUAUGAUUUAAGUUAGUUCUCUAUCAUGUACAUAUGAUGUUGAGCCAUGUAAAAAUUCGAAGCACAGUAACCAUUGGUUCUCCUUUCUUUUCCCCUACCAUUUCUAUGAGAAUCCGAAAAUGAUUUAAUGCUUGGACAUAAAAUUAGCAGGAAUACA